AGCUCGGCUGCUUCCGCCUCCAUCGGCCGCCUUCCCUCUUCAGAAUCCAUGGCAUCCGAGGAUCGAUUAGCCGGGUCUGGAAACAUGGCCUCCUCCGAGCAAGGAGAGCAACCUGGGCAGACUGGCUCUUCUUCUGGAGCUGAGAAUGGAGCAUCCCGCGAAGCUCUGAUUGCAACAGCGGUGAAGUUUCUGCAGAACCCUCGAGUCCGCCAAAGUCCACUUGCAACCAGAAGAUCUUUUCUCAAGAAAAAAGGGCUGACGGAUGAAGAAAUUGACCUGGCCUUCCAGCAGUCAGGUACUGCCAAAGAGGAGCCUCAGCCCCAUAGCCUUUCCACGCAGUUGGUGCCGACUCAGCCACCUCAUCUUGCCCCACACAGUCCCCCUGGUUCCAGAUGGCGGGAUUAUGGUGCUCUAGCGAUUAUCAUGGCGGGCAUCGCUUUCGGCUUCCACCAGCUCUACAAGAAAUACCUGCUCCCAUUGAUCAUGGGCGGCAAAGAAGACAGGAAGCAACUGCAGAGGAUCGAGUCGAGUAUCUCUGAGAUGAGUGGCAGCGUGACGCAGACAGUGACUCAACUUCAGACAACUUUAGCUUCUGUCCAGGAACUUCUAAUCCAACAGCAGCAGAAAAUCCAGGAGCUCACUCAAGAACUGGCUUCCUCCAAGGCCACAACGUCCACUAACUGGAUCCUGGAAUCUCAGAAUAUCAACGAGCUGAAGUCGGAGAUUUAUUCAUUAAAAGGGCUGCUUCUAAACAGGAGGCAGUUCCCUCCCUCUCCAUCUGCGCCUAAAAUCCCAUCCUGGCAGAUCCCGGUGAAGCCCUCCUCGCCCUCCAACCCCGUAACCAACAACCACAACACCAGCAGUGACAUCUCCCCCGUCAGCAACGAGUCCAACUCCUCCUCGCCCGUGAAGGAGAACCACAGCCCCGAAGGGCCCAAGGUCAGCUGCCACCUGCUGGGUCCGGAGGAAGGGGGUGAGGCGCUGAUCGACCUCAAGGGGCAGGUCCGGAUGGAGGUCCAAGGGGAGGAGGAGAAGCGGGAGGGCCAAGGCGACGAGGAGGGGGAGGAGGAAGAGGACGAAGACGACGAUGUCAGCCAUGUAGACGAGGAAGAAUGUGUGGACGUCCAGACAGAGGACCGGCGAGGAGGCGAUGGGCAAAUCAACGAGCAAGUCGAAAAGCUACGGAGGCCCGAGGGAGCCAGCAAUGAGAACGAAAUUGACUAGUGCGUCUGGGGAGGGGUGCCACCUGCUCACCCCCCACCCUCCGUACCUCUUGGCCGUGCUCUGUUCCUCGGGCCUCUCUCCCUGCCCAGUGAUUUCUCCCCGUCUCGCCUCUGUGAUUCAACACAAGUAGCGUUGUGACCAUCUUGCAAACCAAGCGGCCUGAGCGCCAAGGUCUGAGCAGCCCCUCACCCGCCAGUUCCGCUUUCCAGUGGCUCCCCUUUAUUUCACGCUACAAGCCACUCUUCCCUCACAUUUCACCUCCAAAAGGGGCUUGGUUGCCACUCGGCCCACACCGCAGCCAGAGAAAUGGGCCUCCUUGCUGACAACAUAACACAAAUCCAAAUAUCAAACGAUGGACCUCAGGUUCCAUCCUGUCUGUUCCUAAACUCUCUUCCUCUCCGGCAACCAUCUAACUCAACUAACAUCCCCUUUGCAAACAAAGAGUGGGGGCUACUGCCUUCUGAGCAACUCCCCAGAGCCACCGGUGUGACAUCUGUCUCUCUCCCUCUGGUGACUUAUUUCCUCCCCACCCCCUAGUUCAGUUUCAGAUUGAAAAGACAUCCCCAUCUUUUAUGAAACGCAAAUGUUUUUUGUGGGGUUCCCAGAUUCUCUUGCUUCCAUUUCAUUUCUGAACAAAGCGGUUGUCUUCUGAAGAUCCCCUAACUCCCUCUUUUUCCUAGGGUUGUGAGCUAAGUUCUACUAAGAGUAGACCCACAGAAAUUAACGGGCCUAAGUUAAUUAUGCCUAUUAAUUCCCAUGGGUCUCCACUGAGUAGGACUAGAAUGGGAGACAGUGUCUUGGGAACAAUAGUGUGGCAUAUUUGCUGGCAGAGUGAUUUGCUACAUUAGAGGGAGCAAUUCUGUGAAGGCUUGGGUUGUUAGCCCAGUUUCUUAACAUCUCCUGCCCCAUCCAAAAAAAUGCCCUGUGCCUGAGGCUUAGCUCUGCUGCUCCCCCUUCCUCUCUCUCUCAUCCUUUACUCCUCUUUUUCUCCCUUUCUUCAUGAGUCCUCAUUUCUCCUUGCUGUUAAAUGCCUAAAGCAAGCUCAUGAUUUUUCCUGAAGAAAGAAAAGGUACCGAGCCCAGUUCCCCUUCUGUCUCCUUCCCAGUUUCAGUAUAGGUCCUUGGCAUGACCAUUGACUGCUCAGUUCUUCUAAGUCAGUUUCGGGGAGCUCUCCUGACAUUCCUGAACUACAACUCCCAUUAGCCCCAGCAAGCAUGGGCAAUGGUCUGGGACAAUGGGAGUUGGCUUUUAGCAACAUCUGGAGGGCCAAAGGUUUCCCCAUUCCUGGUAGCUGGAAGCUCUGCCCAGAAAAGAAGCUCCCUGUCAUGUCUCUGCAUGAGUAGCUGCUCUGACUUUUAUGAAGACCGGUUUAAACAGUGGAUGGGGCAGCUGUUUCCUUCCAGGUGUUGUUGAAUGCCAGGCCCCUGUCAGCCCCAGCCAGCAUAAGAGCAACACCUGGAGAUCCAGAGGUUCCCCAUGCCUUUUCCAAGUCAUUGGGCCUGAACAAAGGAAACAAGGAGGCACUUUGCCCCUCAGAUGUGCCAGGCAGAGUCUACGAUCUUUGUGUGGAGGCCUGUUCCUUGCACCUGUGUCACCCUUCCUCCCCGCAUCCACCCCCCCAUCCCUCUUGCCCACCUCACUUUUGCCUUACUGCAGGGAUGGGAAAGAGUACAACUGCACUGGACUACAAUUCCCAUCAUCCUCCCCUGACCACUGGCUGCUGCUACAGGGGCUGAUGGGAACUGAAGCCCAAAAACAUCAUGGAGGGCUAUGAAGGUCCUCAACCCACAUCCCUGCCUUAUUGGGUGGAGUAAAUGGUCCAGCGAUGUCCGGUCUCUGUUCACUUUUUCAUUCAAAGAAAGAGAGGAAAAAUAUAUAGAUAGAUAUUUAAAAGAGCCUCGAUUCCUGUUAACUAACAUCUCUCGGGUCUCUCACUGCCUCCUCAUCCUCACCAAGAGGCAAAACCGAAAAAAAUGUGCUUGUCCGUGUGAUCAUGUAUAGAAUCCAACUAUAAAAUAUGAUUGUAUAUAAUUGUAAUAAAUAUGAGUUACCACUA